AUGGAGGACCGAUCGACUGGGGCGUCCGGCACGCCAUCGCCUCAGCCAGACCUGCACCGGAAUCGCCUGCCGACUCUGUUCGAGGUGUUGAGCCGCCGUACCCUGCCUCCCGUGGACCUUUUCUCUUUCUACAUCUUUAUGAGAGACCAGCAAAAAUCCGUUGACUAUCUCGACUUCUGGCUCGAUGUUGCUCAGCACAUGUCUCUUUGCCGGCACUAUGUCCGCGAACUUCGAAGAUCCGUCCUUGUCGGAACUCCUGAUCUGGAUAAGUCAGGUUCGAAGCGGUCUUCCGCGAUCUUGGAGGGUCUCGGAGAUAUGAGCCACAGCGCUGCUGGACCGUCAAUGUACGCAUCAGAGAAGGAGAAGAACCAGGAUGCUCAGAUGUCCGCCUACCUGAGAGAGGAGGCCCACGAGGACUCUCCCCAGAGCAGCACCGGCGACCAACGCGGCCGCGCCAGCGGAGCCUUCAGUACCCCGCGUGAGAUGACGACCGAGUCCAACUCCCCGGCCCACACCGUCGCGAGACAGGACAUCCGCGCUUCUGCAGAGAAGAUCCUGUACACCUUCCUGCUCCCCGGCGCGGAACGCGAGAUCAUUCUGCCGGGCUCCAUCACCCAGGACGUCACCACCGCCAUCGAGGACUUUGGUAGAGAUGACCCGGAGGUUUUUGAUGUUGCCAAGGAUUACGUCUUCCAGGCGAUGGAGCGCGAUGCCUUUCCCAACUUCCUGAGGAUGAAGGCUCUCGGCAACCUGAUCCCGACCACCCUUCAGAUCCGAAUGAUUGUUGGCCUUUUGUCCAUGUUUGGCGGCUUCUGGGCUGCCUUUAUUCUCAUCUUCCUUGAUGCAGCUCGCACGACAAGAUGCUGGCUUAUCCUUCCCUUCACCGUCGGUGUCUACUUCCUUGCCUCUUACCAGUACUCCUUGGACCCUGUCCUUGCUCUCAUCGGCUUCAGCGAGUACACCCCGUUCAACUUCUCGAAAAUCCGCGAGCCCUACGUUCGUAAGCUCCUCAUAAAGCGAGCCAUCAUGGUCCUCUCCGUCACACUCUUGAUCGACGCCGCGCUCUGUGUGCUCUUCAUCCUUGUCCCGGGCAAACGGCUGUAA